UUUGAAAGGUAUUGUCUGUUUUAUAACCGCUUGAAGAACAUUGAGCAAAAUGAAGGAGGCCUUGACAAGUUUUCAAAAAGUUACAAAACCUUUGGAGUUAACCAAUUUGUGGAUGGCGGAGUAUAUUGCAAAGAGUGGGCACCAGGAGCUGAAGCAGUGUUUCUCACAGGUGACUUCAAUGGCUGGAAUACAUUUUCUCAUCCAUAUAAGAAAAUAGAGCAUGGGAAAUGGGAGUUAUUUAUCCCACCUGGACAAGAUGGUUACCCUCCUGUGCCCCAUGGAUCAAAGCUAAAGGUGGUGAUUCGUGCUCAAAAUGGCGAACUCCUCUAUCGUAUUUCACCUUGGGCAAGAUACGUAGUCCGUGAUGAAGACAAAGUGAAUUAUGAUUGGGUAUUCUGGAAUCCACCACGGUCAUAUAUACGCAGGCAUCCUUCCCCCAAGAGACUGAAAAGCCUAAGAAUCUAUGAAUCUCAUGUGGGAAUUGCUUCCCCAGAAGGGAAAAUAGCUUCUUAUAAAAACUUCACAUACAAUGUACUACCUAGAAUAAAGGAUCUUGGAUAUAACUGUGUUCAGCUGAUGGCUAUUAUGGAACAUGCAUACUAUGCUAGUUUUGGUUAUCAGGUCACAAGCUUCUUUGCAGCAUCCAGCCGCUAUGGAACUCCAGAUGAUCUGAAGGAAAUGAUUGACGUUGCUCACUCAAUGGGCAUCACUGUUCUACUGGAUGUUGUGCACAGCCAUGCAUCAAAAAACUCUGAAGAUGGUCUCAACAAAUUCGAUGGUACGGAUUCUUGUUUCUUUCAUUCUGGUCCAAAAGGAACUCAUCAGCUCUGGGAUAGCAGACUUUUUGACUAUGCAAACUGGGAAGUUUUGAGGUUCCUUCUGUCUAAUUUGAGAAUGUGGAUAGAAGACUAUGGCUUUGAUGGCUUCCGAUUUGAUGGUGUUACAUCUAUGUUGUAUCAUAAUCAUGGGAUAGGCACAGGAUUCAGUGGGGAUUACAAUGAAUAUUUUGGCCUACAUGUGGAUGAAGAUGCUUUGUGUUAUCUAAUGCUGGCCAACUACAUGAUUAAUUUAUUGCAUCCGGAAUGCAUAACCAUAGCAGAGGAUGUUUCUGGAAUGCCAGCUCUUUGCCGUCCUGUUACAGAGGCAGGAGGGGGAUUUGAUUAUAGACUGGCCAUGGCUAUUCCAGAUAAGUGGAUACAGAUAAUUAAAGAGCUGAAGGAUGAAGACUGGAACAUGGGCAAUAUUGUCUAUACAUUAACGAACAGGCGGCAUGAAGAAAAGUACAUUGCAUAUGCAGAAAGCCAUGACCAGGCACUUGUUGGUGAUAAGACAUUGGCAUUUCGAUUGAUGGAUGCAGAGAUGUACACAAACAUGAGCGUGUUCUCCCCUUUUACUCCAGUUAUUGAUCGUGGAAUACAGCUUCAUAAAAUGAUUCGUCUCAUUACUCAUGCACUUGGAGGAGACAGCUAUCUGAACUUCAUGGGUAAUGAAUUUGGGCAUCCAGAAUGGCUUGACUUUCCCAGAAAAGGGAAUAAUGAGAGCUACCACUAUGCCAGAAGACAGUUUAAUCUUACUGAUGAUCAUCUUCUUCGCUAUAGAUUCCUAAAUGCAUUUGACAGAGAUAUGAAUAAAUUGGAAGAAAGAUUUGGCUGGCUUGCAUCUCCCCCGGCCUUUGUGAGUGAAAAGCAUGAAUCCAAUAAGGUCAUUGCGUUUGAGAGGGCAGGUCUCAUUUUUAUUUUCAACUUCCAUCCACAACAAAGUUACGUGGACUACAGAGUGGGUGUUGAAACUCCAGGAAAGUAUAAAAUCCUUCUGGAUUCUGAUGCUCCAGAGUAUGGAGGACAUCAAAGACUGGACCACAGUACAGAAUACUUCUCUGAAGAAUAUCCUCAUAAUUAUCGGCAAAAUUCACUUAUGCAAUCCAAUUCACAGAGCAGCUUCAGUCAACGCCCCAGAAGAUGUCACAAGCACCACAUAGAGGUAAAAUGCCAGUAAAAGGACACCAAGUAAAAGUAAUUGGGAAAAGUUCUGG